AAGCCACCUUCUUCUCAAUCAAACUUUGCUCAUCAAAUUUUCAGACAUUACCGGGGCGUGGUUCACAAACAGACAGCUAAGUCUAGGCCGUUAAAAGCGUCCGAGACGGAACGACCUUCAUCCGAGUGCACGACGUUGAUCUCCAGCAAGGCAAAAAGGCCCCGGCAUCGAAUCGAGGCACUCGACGACGCAUCCAAGAAAGAGACGGGCUGCGGUCUAUCUUUGCAAGUAGUGGUUCUGGCUUCAGUUCGCUCAAGUCAUACCUUGCCUCUAGGUCUCGACCAAGUUCAACUUGUCUUGCAACUAAGAAGUCUCGCAACCAAGGAAUCGUCCAAGUCUGCCCACUACAGCCCGCCCGUCGCUGCUGUCUGUCUGUCGCCAAUGGAAGCCCACGCCCAGCCACAACGCUCGCGCAAGCGCCCCUCUCGCACGACCCGCGUCCCUGACGCCGGAAAUGGUGCCAGCGCUGCUGCUGCCGCACAGGGCCCUGGAGUAGUCCCGGUGAGCCAAGGUUGGGGCCAGCACCCCGUCCAGAGCCAGCACCAGCACACUGUGCAGCACGGUGUCCCUCAGCACUCGCAGCACGCCCACCAAACCCACCAGGUCCAGCAGCCACACCCCGGUGCUCACCCACACCAAGCCCAUCACCAGCAGGUCCAGGUGCAGCACCAGCACCAGCACCAGCAUCCGCAGGCCGUGCGCGCCCACCCCGACACGGUGUCUGCUCAACCUCCCACCUUUGCAUCGCAACAGCUUGACACCAGAUCCCACCAGGUCCCGGCCGACCCUGACGGCUUGAUGAACGGCUACAACGCUCCUCAACACCAACAGUACGCUGAUCCGCCUUCGUCGUCUCUCGCUCCCGCCCCCCAGCCCGACAACUCCGGCCUCACCUCGCUCAGCAACCUGACCGGCGAUAACGGUGCCAGCCAUCAGCAACACCAUCAGCAGCGUUCCCAGCAUCAGCAGCUCCAGCUUCAGCACCACGCACAGCAACAGCAACAGCAGCAGCAGCAGCAACAACAACAGGUACAGCAGCAGCAGCAGGCCCAACAGGCCCAACAGCAGCAACAGCAGCAGCAGCAGCGUACGUCUGUUGCCCCGUCGAGUACUACGGAUCGCGUCAAUUUCAACACGUACCCCAACCACUCCGCUCCCAACGACUCAUCCCCUUCCCCUGUCACCGUGGCCACCUCCAGCGCCGGCUACAACAACCUGUCCGGGUGGACGCAACCCGUGGCGAACUCGACCGCGCAGUCCACAAUGCCGCCCCCUUCACCCGCGCCCGCGUUGGCCCCGCCACCCGAGGGUAUCUAUCGCACCUUUGAGGAUUUGCUGGCCUCGGUUCAAAAGGUUGCCAAGGAUCAGGGUUACGGAGUUGUCAAGCUGCGUGCCAGCAACUACCGCGAGGGAAAACCGACGCGUUACGACCUCGUUUGUGACCGCGGCGGCGUCAAGUACAGCAGCACCGCGAAGAAGCGCAACCCCAGCACUCGCAAGGUUGACUGCCCCUGGCGCGCGAAGGCGGUUUGUGAAGUCAAUCUCGGUAACCAGUGGCGAUUUGCAGUUCAGGAGGCUCGUCACAAUCAUGAGCCGCGUAUACCCGCCGCUGUGCCAGGACAGGAAAACACCCCCAUCGCACAAAGCAUCCGCAGCAUCACCAACAAAAUUGACCGGUUGCAGCACGAUCAGACUACGAGCUUUCAGAGGCUAGAGGCCAAUGUCUCUACCAUUCUGGCGCGAAUCGACAACAUGGAGAAGCGGCUUGACGCGAUAGAAAGUGGCCGCCCAUCGAUGCUUGGAGGCAACGGCGUGCCCUCGAUGGGCACCCCGAGCAUGCCUACGGCUAAUAUGGGAGGCGGAAAUCUUGGUAAUGGGCCCAUGACGAACGGUGGUAUGAGCGGCGGCCACAUUGUUGACACUCGGUUGAACAGUAUGGAAGCUCGAAUGAACGCCAUGGAGCAGCGCGGCAACCCGAUGGACGGCCUGCCCAUGAUGGACGACGACACAGGCCGCCUGGCUAUGAAUCAAAUGAUGGUUUCUACGUAGUGCGAAGGACCGUCAUCACAUCAGACGCACGCCGGUCCUCAGUCGGUCACCCCAGGCAACCCGCCUCCUCGAGCCCGACACAGUACGCCAUCACAACCGACCGGCAAGAACGAAGAGCCGCGACAACAGCAAGAAGAACGCCGAUCGUAGGCCAAUCCAUUUGCAGCCCAGAGCGAUAACGAGGAGUGAUGAUGACGAUACACGCUUCACACCCUUUGUUCUUUUGUAGAACUGAAAGAGUGGUUAAAAAUGACUGUUAUGAUCGAGCUCCCCUUAUUAGAGGGUUUGAGCACUCAUCAUGUCUUUUACGAUUUCCCUUCUCUUCAUGUCUCAUCACCCUUGCUAUUCUGCCGUUUGCUCGCACUCUGUCAGUACCAGAGCGACAGGAUUCACAUUUUACAUUGGCAUAACACGGCUAUCACGUACUACACAAUCGGCGUCAUAAAGGGAGGUUGGAGAGUGCGGCUGUUAGGCUGGUGUGGGUGCAGGGAGGUCAAAAUGGAAUACGGUUUUUUUUUUGGCUUCUGUCCUCGAAUACCUAACGGUCUACCUAUUUUUGUAUUUUUUCUUUUUUUUGCUUUUUUUUCUCCCCAAUUGCCUCGCCCGAACCUGUCAGGUAUAGGGAUUCUUUGCAACAACGUACACGCGGGAAGUGAAUGGUCUUCCCAGUCAUUUUUAUUAUUAUGCAUUUAUGUUUUCUUACUCGCAUCAAAAGUGUAGGUUAAUGGCCUAACAUCAUACUUGGCGUACCGGGUGCGGGCUACAGCGGGUUUGAGUUGAUCCUGUCUGCUGCUAUAUGGCCUGUUAUACGUCAUAUCACGGCCCAAAUGGGCUUUUUGUCCUUUUUAGCUCUCUACCAGGAGAACAGAUACCGGCUUGGGGUGUUGUGGGAAAGGGGUAGAACAGGGGGCGAUAUUUGGGUGAAUGGGGAUUAUCAAGUGGUGAAGGCACGUUUGAAUGAGGUUGUUGUCACGCAGUUUGCUGUCUGUCUUAUAUUCAGUUAUCAUCAUCUGGCUUUUUUGGAGGAUCGGUACUUUGCAACAACUCUUCCUAGCUCAUGUCAUGACCCUUCUUUGCUAAGAAAAGGCAAGGAGACGCGGACAUGGACCGAAACGGGGAGCAGGAAGAGGAGGGAAACAACCAAAGCGCCGGAUUCAAACCGAGCUAUGGCGAUAUCUAAGAGGCGAGGAUGUUCAAAGGAGGACUUGGGAAAGGUAGAGAGGAGAGAGGAUAGAAGAGGAGAGGGAGAGCACACCAAUCAAUGUGAAGAGGAGAAGGGGAAACAACAUACAACAACAAUGUACAGUGUAAUCUGACACAACAUACACGCACGCACGCAAGCCAGCAUCCGCAACCUUGUGUUUGGGAAGAAGACCUGGGAAACCUGAUCAGUUCUGGAACCGCUUUAUCUCUU